AUGUCACAAGACAAGAGCUGGAUGGAAAAGGAUAGAGAUUCUGUGGAGUGGCAAAGUGGCAUGAAGAGUUUCUUGGAUUUUUGUUUCGAUAGUCCUUACCCAAAGUCAAGUAUCCCUUGCCUGUGUACGAAAUGUCUGAAUAAUGCUCACAGAAAGAGAAGGGAUGUCCAUAUGCACUUGCUUCAGAAUGGGAUGGAUCCGACGUACACUAACUGGAUAUACCAUGGUGAACAACCCGAUGAGGACAACAUGGAUGAAGAUUCUGAUGAUGAAGACACUGCAGAUGAUGGUGUUGGGAUAUGUGACAUGCUCCAAACUCUCAUAAGGGGCACAAAAGUGGGAAGUAAUGCAGGAGACACCAGCGGUGAUGGAAUGAAACAGGAGCCAAAUGCAUCAGCCAAGGCGUUCUUCGAACUAUUGGAAGAGGGAAAAACAUCGUUGUACCCAGGUUGCGAGGAUGUCACAAAGCUAUCUUUCAUUGUGAAGCUUUACCAAAUCAAGUGCAUGUCUGGGAUGACCAAUAGAGCAUGUGACUUAAUGCUACAGAUGUUCACAAAGGUGCUGCCAAAGGGUCACUGCAUUCCUACUAAUCUCGCACAAGUAAGGAAGGUCAUCCGAGAGUUGGGUCUGGAUUACAAGAAGAUAUAUGUGUGCGUUAAUGAUUGUGUGCUAUUCUGUAAUGAGCAUGCUGAAGCCCAAGAAUGCCCUGUCUGUCAUGCGUCUCGAUGGAAAUCUAGUCCUACCGUAGACAAAGACGAUUCAUCGAGCCGUAAAACAAAGAAGCUAGUGGCACAAAAAGUUCUGUUGUAUUUCCCACUCAUUAAAAGACUGCAAAGGUUGUACAUGACAGAAGAUAUAUCAGUUGAUAUGAAAUGGCAUAAGGAGAAACGUAAGGAUGAUGGCGUAAUGAGGCAUCCAGCAGAUUCCAAGGCCUAG